AUUUGUCUCUCUUGGCAGAUUUAAAUUAGAAUUGACCCAGGUGGAAAUUGGAUUCAAAGAUGCUUUCCCCUCAAACUUCAUCAGAAUUAGACCAAACAAUUAUGGAAGUGACAAUGAUGCCAAACAUUGCAACACACGUUGAAAGUGCUCAGUCCAAUUCAUCAUCAGGUAAAUCUUUAACGACAGUGACCAUGGCGACAGUUCAAAUUCCUCAGAUGAGAGUGUUACAAGCAAUUGUAUCCAGACCUGGACAAAUUCAACACUUCCAGCAUCCUGUGCAAACAUUGCCACAGACUCACGCUCAACAACCACAGCAAAUUCAAAUUUUGAAAGCUGUUCCAUCCAGUAGGGGUGAUAUUCUCAUUCCAACGACAUUACCAGCUAUAUCAGGGAUAAAGAGCUCUUUUUCAAGUCCCGGAAAAGCUGCUUCUGUGGUGACAAUACCUAAUGCAAGAAUGGUUACACAUACGAAUCUACCAGCAAAACUGAAAGUUGGCGACACCAUUGUUAUACCGGCUAAAACAUUAAACACAUUCAACCCAAGCACCACAGUUGGAGUUGGAACUCAGUCAAUUGUCAUAAAGAAUGAACAAGGCGGCCCUGGACAGCUGGUAUUUUCAACCCCAACCAAGCUCAUUCCGGCGAUAGCGAAAAGCCCAAUGCUAGCAAGCCCAUCAACUCCUCAACAAUCACCACAGGUCCGAUAUUCUACCAGUCAGCAACCUGUAACGCCUAAUUCCAGUUUAUUAACAUCUCCAAUGCGCCUGACUACCAUAUCACCGUCAUCAUGGACGCCAAGUCCAAUGAGAUACAAGCGAGCUGGAGAUUUCGUCGAUCAAGAUAUUUUUCCUGAUAAUAUAAAGAAAUCACGACGAACGCCGACAGGCCACGAGAAAGGAAGUAAAGGGUUGCGACAUUUUGCUAUGCUUGUCUGUGAGAAAGUAAAGCACAAAAUAACGACUACGUACAACGAGGUUGCCGAUGAGUUGGUGUCCGAAUACAGCAACGCGCAAAGACAUCUAAAUGACCAGCAAUAUGAUCAAAAGAAUAUCAGAAGGAGAGUUUAUGACGCCCUUAAUGUUCUUAUGGCCAUGAAUAUAAUUUACAAAGAUAAGAAAGAUAUUCAUUGGGUCGGUUUACCAACUAACUCGGCACAGGAAUUACAGGCUCUCCAGCUUGAAAAACAGAAACGCGAACAACGAAUAAAACAGAAGACCGCACAACUUCAUGAAUUAAUAUUGCAGCAAAUUGCAUUCAAGAAUCUUGUACAAAGGAACAAACGUUUACAGCAAACGCACGGACCUCCUGCUGCCAACUCAGCGAUUCAACUUCCUUUUAUUAUUGUUAAUACAAGCAAGAAGACAGUCAUUGACUGCAGUAUUUCUAAUGAUAAAUAUGAAUAUCUUUUUAAUUUUGACAAUACUUUCGAAAUUCAUGAUGAUAUAGAAGUUCUUAAACGUAUGGGAAUGGCAUAUGGAUUAGAGAAAGGAUCUUGCUCAAAGGAGAAUCUUCGCACAGCACAGUCACUAGUACCGCCAGUUUUAAAGCCUUAUCUUGAAGAAAUGGCAGGAUAUGGUAAACUAAAACCAAAUACCUCAAAUCCAUCAUCUGCAUCAUCGAGUCAAACCAUUGAUUCUGGAAAUGGCAGCCAGACCAGUGGUGAAAUAGUCAAUUCUCCUUUCGAUGGUCAUCAAUUGCUCUCGUCCAUUAAACCAGAUCCUGAUGACCAAGAAGUAGCGAUGAUGAUUCAACACGAAAGCGAAGAAAGUCUGGGAAGCAGUAGUAGCAUGGCCAUGACUGGGCCAUCUUCAUCCAGUCGUUCCUCGUCGGUCGAUACUCUCACAAUAUUGCAGCAUGGUGGUUCGGUCCCUUCACCGGGAUUCGAUAUUUCAAGUCUGCCAUCUGCGUCUUUAUCGCCGGCAAAUUUCGAUACGUGAGCUGUAGGCGUUUCUACCAUUUGGACAUAAUAUGGUCAGCAGUGUAGCGCCAGCACCCAUGAAGCUACAAGCCAGCUUCUCAAAAAGGUGUAAAUUCCCUACUGACAGGUGUAAUAAGCGACUGGUCGGUUGGUACUCACGACAAUCGCUGCCCUCUGGUUGCUUUUGUAGACAAUAUUAAACCUGCCUUUGUCAAGGCAUUUUAUUGAGAUUGUAGUUUAUCUCAACUAUUCAUAUUGUUUUGUUCCCUCAGGGUUACGGUAGCAAAAUUGUAUUUAUAUUAGAACAACUGUAAAUGACAAAUAGAUGUUUAGCAGUGCUAAAUAUAAGCUCAGGUACUCUGGUGGUCAGAGUCUGCUAAAAGAUCCUUGUCAUUAUUUAUAUUAUAACGAUAAUGAAUUUAUUGGUAUUAUAAAAUAGUAGAUUAUGAAUUUCAGUCAACGCACAAAAAUUUGCCAGUUGUCCAGCUUUUCUUCGAAGAUGUCUCGGAAUUUUGUGUUACAAUACGCAUUGAGAAAAAGGUCCAGAAAAUUGUAUAUUUACCCUUGCUGACUUGUCUCAAUGCAAUCUAAAGUCCAUUGGCAGCCACUAAUAUUGAUCAGUGUGAUUGGCUUUUUCUAAAAUUGAGUUGUUCAUCGAAUCAGUUCAAAAAUUUCAAGAAAUUAAAACACUUGUAAGAUUUUUUAGCAGUUGUGCAGUUACACAACAAUGUGUUUUGACUUUGCAAAAUAAACAUUUCACGUUUUUCCAUUUCACUUAAUUGCAUCACAAGUACAACUAACAUUAUCUAGUUUAAUAUUGUGUUUGGUUUCGGUUAUAUAAAAGACUGUAAUGGAAAACAAGGUAACUCAGGUUGAAAGACACUGGCUUAGUUUUUAAAAUAUCACCAUUCAUCACGAUAUUAGGAAGAAAAUACCUCACAAACACCUAGAACAAUUUUACAACUAUGUCUCAACUAUGUGGUUCCUAGCAAUUGUUCAAUCACAAACUAGCAACUCUUGAAGACCAAUGUCUUCUUUUCCCACAUGUAACCUUUGUAAAUUUCCAGUGGCUGAAAACACUUCUGUAGACAUUUAUAUAAUUUUAUCGUUGAGGUUUUCAGUCCCAUUUGAAAUACCAUGUAGAGAAUGGUUGUCAUUUUAUAGGUCAUUAGCUUAGUUUUCAAUUCUUUUGUGAUCUUAAUUCUUCCCUGUUAGUGAUAUAGAAUGUUAGGUGCAGUUGCUGCAACAAAUUACUGCCAAUAGACUCUUCAUUCAAGUUUUUCCCCAUAUUGCUUGAGCUUAUUUUAAUGAAACCGAUGAACAAAAAUAUUCUUCAUCAUUAGCCUUUUUCUCUCAGUGUUAUUGUGAUAAAACUUCUGAAAUCCAGAACAAAUUGUUAAACAAAAAAUUACUCUUAUUAAUGCCUUGCUGCCUGGAGAUAAUCUGACUAUUUCGCUUGACAUUUCAAUAGAACCAGCUGGUGCUGUAUUCAUAAUCUGAAAAUAUUUUUGAUUUGCUCUAAAAUUAUUUGUUUUACGGAGUAUUGCCAAUCUAUUUUACAAAAUUGUUCUUUGUGAUUCGUUUAUGUUGUACAGUUGUUCCUAUUGAUCUAUCAUGAUUAGAAUGUCCUAGAGUGGUGAGUCAAUUUAAUUAUGGAAGUUGGUUGUUGCUAAUGAUUGUGGUAAUUGUCAUACAUAAAGGGAAUAGAAUGUGGAAGUGGACCAUUCAUUCUCUGGUCGAUAUGUGAUCGAAAGAUAUGAUGUUAAAAAAAUUUGCGUUGUUUUUGUUAUUUUUUUUUACUAAUUGUUGAAUACUCAUGUUUGAUGAUACUGAUUUAACUUUACCUUUCCUGAUUCCUAGCUUCAAUUCUUGAUCCCUCUUUAUCACCCAGUACUGCUUCAUAAAUCAAACACAGUAGUUUAUACGAAUACAAACAAAUUCUUCUCUUUCCCACUUAGUUUUGUGUUGUGAAAAUCUUAAUAAUAAUAUCUGGUCUUGUUUGAA